AAAACCGAGUUCAAGGAAUAUAUAGUCUGCAAUGCUGAGGACUAGACAGGUCGUAACCUAAUGCCCAUACAUGGGAAAUAAUGGUCUCCACUCUUGCCAAGCAAUCCAUGCGCAAGAACACCGGGCGAAGAGACGCGAAGCUCGCCUCGCGGGCCGACGUCGAGGUAAGGAGUCAAGUCGAGAGUCGAGAGUCGAGACACUCCACGAUGCUCGCCCUUCGCGCUUUGAGGCGCUUGCCGUCGGGGCCUGUUUCUGUCUCGCUCCACCGCCCCUCGGACUCUUUACCCCUCAGUCGUCUCUGCUCUCUACGUCACACCCAACGUGCCUACUCUUCAUCUCCUAUCAACAACAGUUCCAUCACCUCCCAUAAAGACCUAACCAUGGAUGCCUCGAUUAAACAGCAUUACCUGGCUGAUUCCCCGCCUACGGUAGUCCGCCUGGAAGUUAAAUCUCACUUCGAAAGUCUGAAGGAUGCGAAGCUAAGGAAAUACGCACAUUACAUGAGCCGAGCUGCUUUCGAAGGCACUCGCAUAACUCUACGUCAAGUCUCUCCCGAGUCCGAACCUAUCUACGACCUCAUCAUCUCUUUGCACCGCGCUUGUGAUGGAAAUUGGCCUGAGCUUGCCCGUAAGACCGGGGUGAGUGACGAAAAUGUCCGGUUCUUCUUGGAAUAUGCUGGCCAGUUCCUUGGGAACUGCGGCAAUUACAAAGGAUUCGGUGACUCGAAGUUCAUUCCCCGAUUGCCUUUGGAAGCUCUCGAAGCAUUGGCUUCGAUCACCCCGGAAGCCAAGGCUGCCUUUGAGAAGGCAAGCAGCGUCGGAGGUGGCAUCUAUGAAACCCAGGAACAAUCGCUCAUGCAUCUCGGCUACCCGGAAGGCAAGCAUAUGACAACCUACUACCCCGACUCGCCGUCUAUCACCAAGGAUGAAAUCACAGCCAUUGGCGACAUCAUGGAGCAGAAGGGAUUGCCCCUGGAGAAUACGCGGUUAAGGAAGACCGCCUCCGGCGACUUCGAGCUACUGAUUGCCUCGGGAGUCACUUCGCCCCCAGCCCGGGACAGGGAUCUUGGCGAUGUUGACUCCUUCGACCUGAGCGGAGAGUUGCAAGGAAAGAAGCUUCGUCUUGUCUUUGGAGAUCACUUGGAACAGAUGGCGAAGAUUGCCCACUGCAUCAAGCUCGCAGGACUCAAUGCAGCAAACGACAACCAGAAGCGGAUGUUGGACGCGUAUGCGCGUUCGUUCGGCGCAGGAUCGAUCGAAGCAUUCAAAGAGAGUCAGCGGAUUUGGGUGAAGGACCAGAAGCCCGCUCUGGAAACAAACAUUGGAUUCGUCGAGACAUAUAGGGACCCUCACGGUGUAAGAGGCGAGUGGGAGGGAUUUGUUGCUCUGGUCAACAUGGAGCGCACGAGAGCCUUCGGAAAGCUUGUUGACAGUGCCGAGACCAUGAUCCCCAAGCUCCCAUGGGGCGAUGACUUCGAAAAGGAUAAGUUCCUCAGCCCAGACUUCACCUCCCUUGAGGUCCUGAGCUUCCAAUCGUCCGGUAUCCCCGCUGGUAUCAACCUCCCAAACUACGAUGAUAUUCGCCAGAACUUGGGCUUCAAGAACGUGUCCCUCGGCAACGUUCUCGGGGCCAAGGCUCCUAACGAGCCGGUCCCUUUUAUUGCCGAUAAAGAUUUGGAGGUGUAUCGCAAAUGCCGCGAUCCCGCGUUCGAAGUCCAGGUUGGUAUCCAUGAGCUUCUGGGCCAUGGCACGGGCAAGUUGCUCCAGGAAACCGCUCCGGGAGAGUACAACUUCGAUGUCUCAAACCCUCCUGUGAGCCCCGUCACAAACAAACCGGUGUCUACUUGGUACAAGCCGGGUCAGACCUGGAGUUCCGUUUUCGGAGCCAUUGCCUCGUCCUACGAAGAGUGCCGCGCGGAAUGUGUCGCGAUGGCGUUGAGCUGUGAUUUCGACAUCUUGAAGAUCUUUGGCUUUGGGGAUGGAACUGAGAACCUUACGAACGAGGCCGGCGACGUCCUUUUCGUGGCCUAUCUUCAGAUGGCACGCGCUGGAUUGGUCGCGCUGGAGUUCUGGGAUCCGAAGACGCAAAAAUGGGGACAGGCGCACAUGCAGGCCCGUUACAGCAUCUUGCGAACUUUCCUCGAGGCGGGUGGCGAUUUCGUCCGGCUUUCUCAUAGCAAGGAUGAUCUUUCGGACUUAGAAAUUCAUCUCGACCGGUCUAAGAUCUUGAGCCAUGGAAGGCCCGCCGUGGAGAAAUACCUCCAAAAGCUGCACGUCUACAAGAGUACUGCCGACGUUGAAGCGGGCAAGAAGCUCUACGAUGAUAUCACCUCGGUCGAUGAGUGGUGGGGCACCAAGGUUCGGGAUAUCGUCCUGAAGAAUAAGAUUCCACGCAAGGUCUUCGUGCAGGGCAAUACUAUUCUGAAUGGCGAUGAGGUCACGCUGAAGGAAUACGAGCCGACCAUUGAAGGCCUGAUCCAAAGCUUUGCCGAGCGUAAUGUCUAGAUUGGACCGGAGGAACCUAGGCCCCGUUGCGAAGGCAGGGAGCGCCUUCUGUCGGUCGAACGUUUUGAGAAUAAAUGAACAAUUUAGCUAUUGCACAAAAAUAUCUAUCAAUCAAGUUCUCCAAACCCCAC